AUGUGGUCACUUCUUCUGGGGCUGCUGCCUCUCUGCGCGAGUGUCUUGGGCAUGCCAUCGUGGUGGAGCACCCUUAGGGCUCCACACGAAAUACCCGAGUGGCAGCAGAAGCAUCCAGCCUUGAUGGCACUGCUCUCGGCCUCGCCUGACUUCCAGACGCGAAUCGUGAACGGCAAUGAAGCCUCGCCACAUCAGUUUCCCUACCAGGCCGCUCUGGUGGUGCGCCUGGAGAGUGAUCAUACUAUCUGUGGAGGUUCUCUGAUCAGUGAAAAUUACAUACUAACGGCAGCGCACUGCACGGAUCUCAGUAUUUACGUGACGGCCUAUCUCGGCGUUCACAACUUGUCCGAUUACGCAGAACACACACGCAUCGUACAGACGAUCUUCCGCAGCCAAAUCAUCGUUCAUGAGCAAUACAACACGUCUGGCUACCAGAACGAUAUCUCAGUUAUGAAGCUUCCUGUGCCAGUCAUGUUGAGUUACGCCAUUCAGCUCGUUCGGCUGCCGAGUUAUCUGCAGCAGGAAGAAAGCUUCCUGAAUGUGGCGGCCAAGGUUUCGGGCUGGGGCAGAACAACUGAUGCCUCACAGGACACUUCAGACAUCCUGCGAUACGCCGAGGUGUCUGUUAUUUCCAACGCUGCCUGCCGAACUCUCUAUCCAACUCUUCAAGACAACAACAUUUGCACCCGAGGAGAUAAUCGCGCAGGAACCUGCCAAGGCGACUCUGGAGGUCCAAUGGUGAUCACUGAAGACGAUGGCAGCUUCACGCAAGUGGGAAUUGUGUCAUUCGGCAGCAGUCUUGGUUGCGCAUACAAUUGGCCGAAUGUGUUCGUUCGCUUAACAUCCUUCCUCUGCUGGCUUAAUUGUCACACCGAUGUUGCGAUCCGUGAUCAUCCGUAGCGGGACGCGGAAAUUCCAGCGCGAGACAAAGACGAGGCUUAUAAUCAGCAAUAGCAAUAAAAAACGGAGUUAAUUCCUCAAUUUGAGCUGUUAUUGAUGGCGGAGCGCCAUAUCUUAUCGCUCAAAGCAAUUUAACAAGAAUGACUGCUCAAAACUAGCCAACAGAGGAACAGCAUGAUGGAAUCUCAUCAUUUGUACAACCAGAGAUGUUCAGUGAUUUGCUAGGAAUACUUAGAUUUUAUGUGGUUGAAUGCAAUUUGUAGUCAAUAUUAUGGAUUACUGGUCACAGUUUAGAUAAUAAA